GUGGUGAUCGUGGGGAACGGCGCGGUCGGCAAGUCCAGCAUGAUCCAGCGCUACUGCAAAGGCACCUUCACCAAGGACUACAAGAAGACCAUCGGCGUGGACUUCCUCGAGCGCCAGAUAGAGCUGGACGGAGAGGAGGUGCGCCUCAUGCUCUGGGACACGGCGGGCCAGGAGGAGUUCGACGCCAUCACCAAGGCCUACUACCGGGGCGCGCAGGCGUGCGUCCUGGCCUUCUCCACCGUGGACCGCGACUCGUUCGAGGCGGCCACGUCCUGGAAGAUGAAGGUGGAGGACGAGUGCGGGGACAUCCCCACCGUGCUGGUGCAGAACAAGAUUGACCUGCUGGACCAGAGCGUCGUCGACCCGGAGGAGGCGGACCUGCUGUCCAGGGCGCUGGGCUGUCGGCUCAUCCGGACCUCCGUCAAGGAGGACGUCAACGUCAACGCCGUGUUUCGGCACCUGGCCGCGUGCUGUCUCCAGGAGAUGCGGCAGCAGGACGACGACUACGCCAUGAACGGGAACGGGCUGCACCCGCUCACCAUCAGUGCCUUCGGACCAACCAAUCAAAACGGAAAGUCUCAUCAGAAUGGGACGAUAAUCCUACGUUCCGGGAAGCCCAGAAGACAUCGCAAGAGAAAUGUUCUAAAGAACGCUUGCCGAAUUUUAUGAUGAUGGUGCUCAUUUUCAGUGCUCAGUGUGUAUGCGUAGUUGUGAGUGUGAGAGAGUGUGUGCAUGUGUGUGUGCGUCCUGUGUUAACUUCAUAGGUUCACAUGAUGGGCCAAACGUCAUGUAGUGUCAUGCAUGAAUUGUGGUCCAUUCCUCAUUGUGAUUGCUCUGGAUAUUUUUAAGCAUGUUGUACAUUGUCUGUUUCUUUGAUACAUAUCUGGAUAUAAAUGAUUAUUGGUAAAGUUGUCA